GAGGCGGAGCACACGGAGUCGGAAACGCGCAGUAGAGUCGCGGCUCUUUGCAUUUCUCGAGCGGCUGGACGAUCCGGAGUCUUCCUCGUUCAGCCCGCAGACAGGCGGCUGAUCUUCGGCCUCGUGCACGGACCGAUCCCGCGGAAAGCGUUCCAGAGACCGACCCGCGUGGACUCUGUAGUUCCUGGGCCCAGCUGAGGUGGAAAAGACGGACAGAGGCCCGCGGUGUGCGCGCAGCCUCCUGCAGGCCUCCGGCCCGGACUCCCGCCUUUAUCCAGAAAAAUGGACGGAUUUACCGGUAGUUUAGAUGACAGCAUGUCUGCGGCAAGCGUCUCUGAUGUCAAUGAUCGCCUCUCCGCUCUGGAGCUCCGUGUCCAACAGCAGGAAGAUGAACUGACUGUGAUGAAGGCUGCUCUUGCUGACGUCCUUCGUCGUCUCGCCGUCUCAGAGGAUUCUGCUGCCGCUGCAAGCAAGAAGCAGCAUGGGGGAAAAGGAGGAGCUGGACUGCGAGAGGCUUACUCUAUGUCCUGCAUCUCCAAUGGAGGCACAUCUGGACGAAAGAGAGACUCCACCUCUGUCACCAGGAAGGAGACGGUGUCAUCUGCUGCCAAGAGGUAAAAACCUGGUAAAAGCAUGGAAAUGAUGGGCGGGACCACAACAAUUCAUAAAUGAUUACUUGUGGUUUGACUGUGAGCUUUAAUGUUUAAAGCCUUUAUUUAGAUGAGUUAGUUUUAUUUCAUGGGCUUAUUUUGGAAACUUUAUAACUUAAAAUCAAAAUAAUUAGUAAAAUGUCAGUUUAAUAGAUAUUUAGGCCAAGGCACUUUAUUUCUAGAGCACAUUUCAAACACAGAGGCGAUUCAUUGUGCUUUACAAUUAUCAGGACAUGAUAUGAAAACACAUAAAAACACAAAUUAAAACACACACAGAUGGAAUUACAGUUUAGAGCUAAAGGAGAAGACCAAGUUACAUCACAGAUUACAGUGGAGACGAUGCAGCAUAAGAAACAAUUCAUUUAAAGGCUGAUGAGUACAUUAUAGAGUUUUUAGUUUUGUUUUAAACAACACUAGAGUUGGGGCACAUCUGAGGUCAUGGGGAAGCUGAUUCCAUAUGUGAGCAGCAUAGUAACUAAAUGCAUCUCCACCAUGUUUGGUUCUGACCCGAGGUUCUACCAGCUGAUUGUUUCCAAGGGAUCUCAGAGCCCUGCUGGGUGUAUAUACAGGAUCGAGGUCGGACAUGUGUGUUGGUCCCAUGCCAUUGAGUGAUUUAUAAACUUGUAGUAGCACUUUGAAAUAUAUUCUGUAGUUUACUGGUAACCAGUGUAGGGAUCUAAGAACAGGAGUGACGUGCUCCGUUCUCUUAGUUCUUGUUAAGACUCUAGCAGCAGCAUUCUGAACAAGCUGCAGUUGCUUCACAGCUUUUUUGGGAAGACCAGUUAGGAGACCAUUGCAGUAGUCCAGCCGACUAGAAAUAAAACCAUGAAUGAUUUUCUCUAAGUCGGGUCUGGACUUGAGACCUCUGACUCUUGAUAUUUGAUGAAGGUGAUAAAACGCUGAUUUAGUUAUAGCCUUAAUAUGUCCAGAGAAGUUCAGGUCUGAGUAA